ACUUUUCUUUGAUCUUAUUCUAAAAUGUCUAACGUACUGGACCCGUCGUCUGUUCUGCAUACAUUAUCUCAGGCACUACCAAAGGACGAUGGUAGCCAGAAUCAAUCUGAACCAUUGCUCCGCAACAAUAACGAAGGCAUUGCCGCCUUGUCUCACGCCGUAAUGCUUAGUGUCGGAUUCCGCUUGGUAGGCCUCGGUGAAGACGAACACAAAAUUCCAAGUGAUCAAUCGAAGCUUCCUUCUGAAUGGAACAAGCAUGGCCCACACUCUUACACAUUUCAAUACACUCAUCCUCAAUCCAGUUUACACUUUACCAUGAAAGGCAUUACCCUGGCAAAAAAGUUUAUCAUUCAUGGCGUGGCUAUUGAGGACAAAAAAACCGCAACAUUCGAAGUUCAUACCGAAGAUUAUACAUCGCCGUCAUUUUAUCCAUACACAUCAUCAACACAAGAGCCUUUGGUUAAUGGAUUCAUAUCCAGCAGCCGUUUAAACGACUUCAUUAGUCUAUUCAAAAUCAACAUAUUGCAGAAGUUGAUCCCCGGUCUGAAUAAGCCAGGUUAUGAGGAGUCUCAAUCGAGUACCGAUGUUCCUUCUUCCACAACAACGGGACAAAGUCGACCACGAAAUCCUCUCGAGGAUCCGCGCUACGAACGGGAGCGUAUCCCCAGACCUCCCAUUUUUGGAGAUCCACUGGCUGGCGAUGAGCCAUUUGGACCGUAUGGAGGAAACCCCUUUAGCGUAGGUGGUGACGACUUGAAUCCUCUUGGCAGUUUACACAGACCUUUAGGUCGCGGCUCUGGCGGUGGGAUGCUUGUUGGUCCCGACCAUCCUAUGUUUGGAUCCGGACAAUCGAGAAAUGAUCCAUCCAGCGGCAUAUACGGUGGACCACAGCCUUUACCACGUGGAUCGGUUCCUCCAGGAGCUCGAUUCGACCCCAUUGGACCAUUUGGAAACAAUCCCAAUGCUGGCCCGCAAGGUUCAUUUGGGCCAAGAGGACCGAGUCGAAACUUCCGUGGAGAGCCUGACAACGACGAACUUCCUCCACCAGGCUACGAUGAUAUGUUCAUGUGAGAGAACUAUCCAAAUUAUUCUCAAGCAGGCUCACGAAGGAGAAUACGUAUAAUAAAUAGGAAUUCUCGCUAUAUUCCAUUCAUGUCCUUGCGUGCUAUAGCUUCGCAUUUGUUGCAAUGAUAACCUCUAUAUUUUGCCAAAUAUUUGUACAUAUCCUCCAGUUGAAAUUCCAUGGUUCAAUGAUAUUCAUAUUGUUGUCACUUCCGAUAAUUUGCUUGUUUAGCAGAAUAUUUCCCUUUUCUUCGCAUAAGAAAAGCUCAAAUACACGUCAGUAAAGAGUCAUCGUUGAAACCAAAGGCGUG